AUGAAAUUUAAAAUUAAUUGGAUAAAUGGAAAUUUUAUUUAGAAACUUAUGAUAAUGAUCAAAAACCAAUAUAGCUAUGAGUAAUUUAAAAAAAACCUGAAGAAUACAAAUAAUUUCGAUUAUUAAGACUUAACUGUCAAAAUUUAACCUUUAUUCUAAUUAAUCUAGCUAUUCUUAUGAUACUAAAUUAAGAUAAUUUUUAGUGUAAGCAAUAAAAAAAACUUUUAUUAAUUAAGUAGAAUGUUAAAGCCUUUUAAAUUAAACAAACUAAUGUUAAUUCAAUCAUAUAAAGAUAAUACAAAAAAGAUUAGCCAAUCAUCUUUUUAGUAUUAUAGUCUAAAUAAAAGUAAAACGAAAUAGAACUAUUAAAUAUGAGAGAGGAAGCAAUAUAAUUGAGAUAUUUAAGAAUUAAAAAAAAUUGAGAAUGAUGAAACAAAAAAAAUAGAAUUAAAUAUUUGGUUAAAAAAAGAAUUAAAAGAUCUAAAAAUUACUAGAUAAUACAUUGAAUUACGCAAAAAAUAAGAUGAAAUUCUAAAAAAGAUUUAAAGAGAUUUGA